CGCUCUCUCUCUCUCUCUCUUCCUCUCUCUCCCUCUCUCUCUCUGUGAUGCAGGCAGUUCAGGAGGAGAGGAAGGAGGAGCGAGUGAGCUUUGGAGCAGCCCAGCUGAGCCUCGCUGCUCUCAGUCUCUCUUCAGUGUGUGACUGAGCAGCUUCUUCUCACUCUUGCUCUCGCACACGCGCACACACAUUAACUAAGACACCACAACAACAGGGAAGCACACUUGCUUAUUCUUUGCAGGCGGAAGGGGCGCCAAGUCCCUUGCACUUCUUUUUUGGACCAUGCUGCCCUGGAAGAGGAGCAAGUUUGUGCUGGCUGAAGAUGAUUCCAAAGGCAAGACCAAAAGCCUAAACGCAGGACUUGCCUAUCAAUCGCUACUUUCCUCAAUUCUGCGCUCCUGCCCGGACCUUGUACCGGACUGUCCCUUCCACUGGUUGGCAGGUGUUUUCCAAAGCAAGCGUCAGAAGGUGGAGCUGAACAGGGAAGAGCCCACCUACAGCGUGCGCUACCUGGGCAGUGCGGUGACUGCUGUGGCCAAAGGUGAAGGUUGCACCCAGGAAGCCGUAGCCAGGAUCUGGGUGUCCAGUGAAUAUGGGGAGCGGAGCGUUAAAAUGAAGCUCAGCGUGGGACCCCAUGGCAUCCGCAUGGGAGCGGAUAAGGGGGGCCGUGGGAAGCCCACUCACCUCUACUCGCUCAAUCGCAUCACCUACUGCACUGCUGACCCUUGCCGACCCAAGAUCUUUGCCUGGAUCUACCGGCACCAAGUCAAGCACAAAGCCGUGGUGCUUCGGUGCCAUGCUGUGUUGCUGGCCAAGGCCGAGAAGGCCCGGUCCCUGGCUCUCAGCCUCUACCAGAACUCCAUCUCAGCCUUCAGCGAGUUCAAGAGGCUCAAAAGGCAGAGCGACUUCCGGCACUGCCAGCAGCAGCUCCUUGGGGAGGAUAUGGUACCCCUCAUGCCCCUCAGGAGGCUCUUGAAUGGACAAUGCCACUAUCGGCCGCCCGUUGAAAGACCAGGAAAUGCCACCCGAUUGUCAUCCAUCACCGAGGAGGAGGAGGAGGAGGAGGAAGAAGAGAAAGCCAAAAAAGAGGAGAAUCCCAAGUCAAAUGUCGACCCAGAGCAACCUCCCGAGAGAGAGUUGGGAUACAUAGUUCAUGGACUGGACGAGUUUUCAAUCACCGUCAGAGACGACGUACACAUGACGGUCAGCACCCUGGUCUGACACCACAUGGAUAAUGGACAAUGUCCACUUUGCUCAGACUCUCUCCCCUUUCCUCUCCUCCCUCUUGCGAGCCUUCUCUUCUUGGACCUCUCCCCAUCCCCCAGUUGUUGGGUUCAGGAGUACAAACUGGUCCCCUCCAGUCAGCAGCUUUUAAUGCUGUGUGCUGAGAAACUGCCAACUCGUCCUGCAAUCGCUUUCAGGCUGGGUGUUUAAUAAAGAGGGACUUCGACUGCGAGAACAGAUACAAAAGCACAAUGACAGAGGCUGCAAAGCAAUCCAUCGGAAGCGAGAACAAACACAGAGGAAGCUUUUUUUCCUUCCCUCGAACAAGGCUUAGUGCGCACACCAAAAAGAGGAAGAAGCAGACUUUUUACCCUGCGCCUACAAAACCUUUUUACCCUUUUCCUACAAACACAAGAUGAACUUUUCUGAGAUUUUGUUGGACUGGACAACUUGGAAAGAGAGCGUUUGUAUAAUAUGUACAUUUUUCUAUGUCCCAACAGUCCUUAACAUAAGUACCUUUCCUUACCUUCUGGUCAGAACCUCUGUGACUGCACUCUACAGGGAGACUAGGGCAGGCCUGCUAGCAAUGGGCACUAAUGAAUUAACCCAUGAUUUAGGAUAUCAGCCAUUGACUUGACGGCUUUACUGCUGCCGUUCGCUACAGCCCUGCUCGCCACUUCCCAUAUGAACAGCAAAAACGUCACCCGUGGCAUUUAAGACAGGGCUUUUUAAAAGCUUUCCAACCCUACAGACUCUGGUUUGCACUGUGACACGUCUGGGACCAAUAUGAGGAAAAUAUGAGAAUAGUCUACAUUUCUAUAUCACACAUUUCUAUAUGACAGAAAAGUCUGGGCUUGAUCUGUGAUAAGGUAAAUAAGCUCUACUGCUUUAAGAGGUAAUGCAUUCCAUGUUGUUCAUUGUAUGCUAAUGCCAGCAUACAAACCCUCUCAUCUCAUUGUCUAUGUUUUGGACAUUGUUUUUACAGACCUAAUAGUUGCUUUGUGGUAAUGUACUACAUGUUUGCAGUUUAAAAUAGUUUCAUGAUCUUUGUCAUGUCAACUGCACUUAAUAAUACAUUGUUAUAUAAAAAUAAAAGAAAAUGUUGCACUUUUCUCAGUAAAAUAAAGGUGUUCUUUUAUA